AGGAUCCAGAAACAUGCAGGUGUGUGUCACGCUUCGACUCGUUAAUUUGGUUUGUUUAUUAUUUCCUCGUUUUCUUUCGCGUUUUUUAUUCAGUGUGUGAAGGAGCUCCUGCGGAAUAAAAAAUAAAUAAAUACUUAUAUCCAAGUGCGCAAAAAAAUAAGAAAUGAAUUAAGAAAUGAUUCGCACAUUCAAAUGUGUCUUCUGUGUGUUCUGCCUCGCAGCUCUGGAGGGACCAUCAUACACUUUCAGUCUCCACGCUUCUUUUACAGAUAACGUCUUGGAGCCCUUCAGGAGCCUGUUUCUCCAAAGAGAGCCUAGUAAGGCCCAUUCCAGGUUUUCCCUAAGGAAACCAACGUUGCCUGAUGAAGACAUCUGUUACAUUGUGCCAGGCAAAUCUGAUACCUUACACAACUGCAAUUUCAACAAUACAGCAAAAACGUUUCUGGUGAUCCAUGGAUGGACGGUGAGUGGGUUGUUUGAGAGCUGGGUGGCCAAACUGGUAGCCGCACUGUAUGACAGGGAGAAAGGUGCCAACGUGGUAGUGGUGGACUGGCUGGACAUAGCUCAGAAUCACUAUGGUGUAGCAGCACAUAAAACUCAAGAGGUGGGACAAGAGGUUGGACGAUUCAUUGACUGGAUAGAGGAGACAACCAAUAUUCCUCUGGAGAAAAUUCAUCUCAUUGGCUACAGCCUUGGUGCCCACGUUGCUGGAAUCGCAGGCAGUAGUGCCACCAAAAAAGUUGGAAGGAUAACAGGUCUUGAUCCAGCAGGACCAGAUUUUGAAGGAGUCCAUGCACACCGCCGGCUUUCCCCUGAUGAUGCCCAUUUUGUGGAUGUUCUUCACACCUUCUCAGGAGGAACUCUGGGCCUCAGCAUUGGUAUCGAACAACCAGUUGGCCAUGUGGACAUCUACCCGAAUGGAGGUAGCUUCCAACCGGGCUGCAACGUACGAGGAGCCCUCAAGAGCCUGGCAUCUUAUGGAUUGCUUGCAAUGAACAACGUCAUCAAGUGUGAGCAGGAGAGAUCCGUCCUUCUGUUUAUUGACUCAAUUAUAAAUGGGGCAGAGGCCAGUAAAGCCUACAGCUGUGGGAGCAGUGCAAUGUUUGAGCGUGGAGUGUGUCUCAGGUGCCACAAGAACCGUUGCAAUACAGUGGGCUAUGAUACCAGGAGUGUUCACAAACCCCGCAGUAUGAAAAUGUUCACCAAGACCCGAGCUUCCAUGCCAUUUAGUGUUUUUCAUUAUCAGCUGAAGAUGCACUUCACAACACAGACAACUCAAUCUGUGACAGAAUUCAUGGUAACCGUUUCUCUUUAUGGCAGCAAUGGCAAUGCGGAAAAUCUCCAUCUUAAUGUCAGAAAAGGAGAAAUUGGCAGCAGUAUGACCCAUUCAUUCCUCUUGGUUACGGAGGAAGAUAUUGGUGAGCUGCUGAUGCUUAAGUUAAAGAUGGAGGACUCGUCCUCACUGCUCAACAUGAUGUGGCCUUGGUGGAAUGGAGAUUUUCCUGAACUUCAUGUCAGAAAAAUUAGCAUUUGGAUCGGGGAGAUGCAAAAGAAGAUGAUAUUUUGUUCAAAAGAUCACCAAAAUACAAAUCGGCAAAAUUCUGAGGUGAUUUUUGUGAAAUGCAAAAACACAUGGAGAAGAUCGUCUGUAAGGUACGAGUAUAGCAGCCAAUGAGAUGACAAAAGCACUUGAAUUAUUAUUUAUUCUUAUUUUAUUUAUUUACUUCUGUAUUUGGAUUUGAAGUCUCUCUUAUGUAAUAUUUUAUAUUAUUGUACUGCAUUAUUGUAAUGUAUUUAAAACAUCCUUUUUUACAAGCACUUCAUUUUUAACUCAUGGUUGUUCAAUGCAAUAUAAAAUGGUACAAAUGUCCGUUAUUAGGAUUUAGUAAAGGCCAAAGACUGGAAACUGCAUAUUACACACCACUGCUAUGCUCUGCUCCUGAACACAGCACUCAGAGAACCUCAGAUGAACUAAACAUUGGAUUCGGUUAGAAUAAAUAUAAAUGUCAGAUUAGAUAUUACAGUAGAUAUUAGGUUCAUGUACAUUGCAUUAACCAUUGGAUUUGACAUUAGGAUAGAUUUGAUUGUAUAUUCUGUUUAUUAGAUACUACAUUAGGAUUUGGUUUAUAUUAGAUUAGAUGUCAGAUUAGAUAUUGCGUUAUAAUAGAUUAAAUAUUAGAUAAUGUUAAGUUAUAUAUUGAUGUUAAAUUUGGUAUUAGAAUUAGAAUAUAGUCUAAUCUCUAACCGCUAAUAUUGAAUUGAAUAAAAUAUGUAAUUGAAUCUAGUCUAAUGUAUAUUCUGAUAUCAGAUUUUACAUCAAAUAUAAUCUAACUAAUCUAGUUAAAUACAAUUAGGUUUUAGAUUUGCAUACAGAGGUGUAGUGAAUCUGAAAGGGCAGCAGCUGUGAAUAGGGGUUUAUUUCACAAUUCAUUUAACAUGUUACUGAACAUUCAGAUCUUACAUAGUUUAGCGCUUUGUUUAAAGCCAUUUAGGUACCAAAUGCCUUAUUCUAAUGUUUUUAUUGCAUUCAAAAAGGCUUCUCAGAUUGUACUAAAUGUCUUUAUUCCAUUUUUUUUUUUUUAUGUAAAAGCUUAAAAGUUUAAUUGGAGCUAUAAUAAAGGAAUAGACUCAAUGAAACGUUAUUUGAAAAGUCUUUGAAAACCCACUCCCAGAUGUUUUUCUUCUUUCCGUUUCUUAUCUUGUCUUUACUUGAUGGCACAGAAUGUAUUAGACUAUUUUCAAAUAUUCCAUUAAUUUUGAACAACACAAUAAGCGUUUUUUAAGCAUUUUAAAUUUAUAGUGACCCUAACUGAUAGCAUAAAGCUGUGCUAACCCUAACAAAAGCUCAGCUAAGUGUUGAAUGUGUGAAGUUUUGCACUUUGACACAAUACACAACAUUCUUGUUCAUGUUUUUGGAGUAUAAUGUUGUAAGCAAUGGUUGUAUAAAAUUAAACAUUGUAAUAUGUGAAUAUUAAUAAUAAUUAAAAAAAAACCUAAUCACUCAA